AGCAACUGUGUGUGAUCAGUGCUCUUCUGUGCGAAUCGCGAAAGUCGGAUUUCUACAUUUCUAAACGAGGGUUGUAGAUAUAUAUAUAAAUCAUAAAAGGAUCAAUGGUCAAUAUGUACUGGAUUUUAAGAGCAUCGUGAUUGGUCGAUUCGCACUUGAGGGAUCCUGAAAUCAUCCUUUAUAGACCAGAGGAUCGUCGACACGUCUUGUAGUUUGUGGAUUAAGGAACUCAGUGGACAGUCAAAAUUUACAGCAAUGUUUGCAAUCGUUUUCGUUGUUCUUAACAUCAUCGUUUACGCGAUUGCCUCGGAAGUGCCGAUCCUUCAUCGAAUAAGACGACAAGAUUUUUCAAACGAAAAUGGUCAAGUGAUAGACAAGAUUUUUAACAUACCAAUUACCGCGAUCAAACAAACUGCAACCGUGGCACAAUCGUUCAAUCAGGAAAAUUCUCAGACGAUCGACAACGUGUUCAAGAUUCCUAUUUCGACUUUGGAAGCUGUUGGAACCCUCGUGAAGGCGACAUCCGAGCAAAGACGACGGAAUGCCGACGAUGCGCAACGAAUACGGCAGGAGAGAAGAGACAGAAUAUCGGCCCAAAGAGAACGGCAAAGAUUUCAAAGAGAGCAAUUGCAACAACAACGUCUGAAACAACAACUCGUGAAGAAGACCAAAAAUAAUAACAAAGAUCCUUUCGAUUUGAACACAUUGUCUCUGUUGUUUAGCAAUCAUGGUGUUCUAGGAAGUAUUCAAGGAACGUUUGGUGGGUACAAAGGUAGUCAUGGUGAUCAAGAAAUUCAUGGAGGUCAAGGAAAUGCAGGGGGUUAUCAAGUUCACGAAGAUAUAGAAGAAGAUACGAACUAUUCUUGGCACGGAAUCACAGCCGGAAUCGGUACGUUUUCCGGUUCUCGACCAACCAGCACACGCGUCACCAUACAAAAUAAGAUCGCCGUUAAGGACGAAAUACCAAGCGAUCAUCCUUACGAUACGGAACAAAUACAGAACAAGAUCGCUCCAAAGAUCAAAGGGGAUAAAUUGAGACACGAAGAAGACCUCCCACUGCAGAACAAAAUUGCACCCAAGACGAAUAGGAUAUCGUUCAGAUCGUAAAAAUAAUUUUAAACAUAUAAAAUAAAUAGAAUUUCUUUUUCACGACAAUUCGUACGUGACCAAUUGAGUGGAGCAACGUAUUAAUCGUUUCUAUUGGCUAAUUUUCGCUCUAAUCGAUAGCCGAUAAGUACGUGAGUCACGUCGCAUUGUUUAUGCAAAUAACGAAAUGAUAGAACGAUGAUGAUACUCGGAGAAAGUAAGUUGCAACAGAAAUUAGUAAUAUUAGUAAUAUUAUUUUUCGUUCCAUGAAAUUACGGAUUAUGGAAAUGACUCGACGAAUUUUCUCGAUCCACGGUCUUCUUCGAUCCACGAAUCUCAGAGUCACGUUUAUACCGGCGAAAAAUUGCGCCUGUUCGAACGUUAAAAUGCGCGAGUCGUUCCCGCGAUACGGAAAACAUUUUGAAUGUAGCAUCACUCAACUUGAAUAACGAGAAGCGACCAACUUAUAUAUUAUGCAUUGGAUAUUCGAAUAAAAUUCUUCUUCUUCUUUU